AUGCGAACCGCCAUCGAAGGCGAGAUUGCCCGCUAUGACCCCGCCAAGGAACACACGACCAUCUUCAGCUCAAACGCUGAAACCCAGAAUAGCAACGACUACUUUCUCGAGUCAGGCGAUAAGAUUCGCUACUUUUUUGAACCAGGUGCCAUCGAUGACCAGGGACGCAUCGUGGUCCCCACCGAGUCGGCCUUUAACAAAAUUGGUCAUGCCCUGCACUCUUUGAACCCAACCUUUCGCAAGUAUACCUUUGAUCCGCGCAUCGUGGACAUUGCUGCAGAUCUGGGCCUUAACGAGCCCGUUGUACCACAGUCCAUGUACAUCUUCAAGCAGCCUGGCAUUGGUGGGGAGGUGACCUCCCAUCAGGAUUCAACUUUUCUCUACACCACCCCACUCAGUACUACGGGAUUUUGGAUUCCUUUGCAGGAUUGUGACCGGGAGAACGGGUGCUUACAGAUGGUUCCAGGCUCUCACCAUCAGGGUCUCCUCGGAGAUCGUCGCAUGGUCCGAAGCACUAACGAAUCCGGCGUGCUGGGCACCACCUUCACGGGCCAGUAUUUCGCCCCACCCCCUGAGGAGUUUCAAGCCUGCGAAACGCCCAUGGGAUCUCUCGUCAUUAUUCACGGCUCGGUGGUGCAUCGCAGUGACCCGAACAAAAGUGCGCGGUCACGCCACGCCUACACCUUCCACGCCAUCGAGUCCCAGGACACGGUUUAUGCUUCUGACAACUGGCUCCAAUACCCAGAAGACAAACCGUUUCCCCGUCUUGUACCCGAAUCAGGCUAA